AUGAGUAGCAAGUUGAUAAAACCACACACCCCAACCCCUCAAAACCUCAAGAAUUACAAGUUAUCGUAUAUAGAUGAGCUUGUGGACCCAGGAGAAUAUUUUGCAGUUGUUCUGUUUUACGAAUCGAAACCCGAAGACGGCAGCCUCCAGUUGGAAGAAUCACUGGCCAGAAUCUUGGUUGAUUUCUAUCCUCUUGUAGGAAGAUUCAUCAAUAAUUAUAGUUCGAUUGACUGCUGCGACGAGGGAGCCGAGCUCGUCGAAGCAGAGGCUCUAGACGUCGAGCUGAUCGAGCUCGUAGCAAAAAUGGAGCUCGAUCAGCUCGACAAUCUCCUCCCCGACCAACACGAAGCUCCUGAUAUUCCAAUCCUCUCAAUCCAGAUCACACGUUUCUCAUGUGGUGGGGCCGUCGUCGCCAUCAGCGUCUCCCACAAGAUCUUCGAUGGGUCGUCGCUUGCGACGUUUGUGGCCGCCUGGACGGACGCCACCAAUCCAGAUCAUGCUAAGAGGGUAAUCUGCCCGUCUUUUCAUCUCCCCUCGUUGCUUCCAUCCGUGCUCCGCAACGACAACCCGGCCCCGACCCCGGCCCCGGGUUCCGGUCACAAGCUUGCUUUGAAGAGGCUUUCGUUCAACAAGGAGGCUUUAACCAGCCUGAAAUCAAGAAUAAGUCGAACCAACGGAAAACCCUUAUCCGGAGCGUGUAUUGUGUCUGCCGUUUUGGCCGAAGCUCAAUUCCGACUGGAUCGCGCCAAACACGGUAGAAGCAAAAGCUGCAUCAUAUAUCAUGUUGGAAAGGAAAGAAUCAUUUACAUUGAUUGGAGAUCAAAUCAAGAUCAAUGA